CGACUUUAAUGUAGGAUGCCCGGCUCAACACGUGUCGACACAUGUCUCCAAGUGAAACAGUAUCUGUGCGGCUUUGUACAGCGUGCUGGUGGACAGCAUGUUUCCAACAGGCUCCGGCCCUUUCCUUCACUCCGCUCUGCUGUGGCUCUGGACGGGGCCGGUCCUCUGCCUCUGACUCUCUGUGAGGCGAUUGGCGAUUCCAGGCCGGGUCCUGGAGCCUCCCCCUGUGACACACUUUCAGUGCGGCCCCACCAGCAUGACUUUCACUGCUCUCCAAGGGCGGGUGGUGCACCUUCAGGGGAAAAACAAACAAAUAUGGAGGCUGCUGGAGUGCAAGUGUACAGACCCUGCUCAUUUGACUUUCUCAGCCCGUCGGACCAGCACGGCGCCUCCAAGCCCCCGCUGAGCUCCUCGGCCAUGACAUCACGCAUCCUGCUGCGGCAACAGCUAAUGCGGGAGCAGCUCCAGGAGCAGGAGCGGCGGGAGCAGCAGAGACAACAGUCCUCCCACUACCCACAAACCACAGCGACCCAGACCCCCGCUAUCAAUGUCAGUGUCCCUGUCAGUGUACCAGCUGGAGCUCAGGUGCCAAUGGAGGUGCUUAAGGUUCAGACUCAUCUGGAAAACCCAACCAAGUACCACAUCCAGCGCUCGCAGCAGCAGCAGGUGAAGCGGUACCUGGGAAAGCUUGGCUCCCAGGCGUUGAGCUUGCCCUGCCCCAACCAGUCCUCUGACCACGGGGGCAUGCCGCCAGGGCCGGGCAACAGCGCCCCCAACAGCCCUAUGGCCUUACUGACCCUCAACUCUAACUGCGAGAAAGAGAUGGAUGAUGUCAUUGACGACAUUAUUAGUCUGGAGUCCAGUUACAGUGAUGAGAUCCUCGGCUUGAUGGACCCCGGACUGCAGAUGGCAAACACGAUCCCUGUACCUGCUAACCUCAUGGACAUGUACGGUAAUCAGGGCAUGCCUCAGCAGGGCCUGCCCGUCAGUAACUCCUGCCCUGCCAACCUUUCUAACAUCAAAAGGGAAUACUCAGUGUCUCAAUCCCCGGCCAUCAUGCACAUGCUGGACAAGACUGGAUCCUGUGGAAAAUUUGACACCUAUCAAAGGCCAGAGGGAUUCCCUGUGGAAGCUGAGGUAAGAGCCCUCGCAAAAGAAAGGCAGAAGAAAGACAACCAUAAUUUGAUUGAACGAAGACGACGGUUUAACAUCAAUGAUCGUAUCAAGGAGUUGGGGACUUUGAUUCCAAAAUCCAAUGACCCAGACAUGCGCUGGAACAAAGGCACCAUCCUGAAGGCAUCAGUGGAUUACAUCCGAAAGCUGCAGCGAGAACAGCAGAGGGCCAAGGAGCUGGAGAACCGCCAGAAAAAACUGGAGCACGCCAACCGACAUUUGAUGCUCAGAAUACAGGAGCUGGAGAUGCAGGCUCGGGCUCACGGUCUGGCCAUCACGUCCUCGGCACUCUGCUCUGCCGAAGUUGGGGUGCGGCCCAUUAAGCAGGAGCCCGCUCUGGAGGACUGUCAACAAGACCUGUACACGCUCCACCCUCACCACCAACACCACCCCGCCGGCACUCCGGAGCAACCCAGCACGCUGGAUCUGACCAAAGGCCACUCCAACUUCCCGGAGGGCCACUACGGCAGCGUUCACAGCAAAGCAGGAUCCAAACUCAAUGACAUCCUCAUGGAAGACAACUUAUCACCCGUCAGAGGUGGGGACCCUUUGCUCUCUUCCGUCUCCCCAGACACUUCAAAGGACAGCAGUCGCAAGAGCAGCGUCAGCAUGGAUGAGAAUGAAGAAGGCUGUUAGCGCACCCUAGUGGUAGACACUUUUUCUGUAUCUUUAAUCCCUCCAUCUUGCCAGAAAACAAGAGGCCACAGGUGCAGUUAUUCUUUGUUUUGUGGGGCAGGGUGGGGGUUACCUUUCUUUUCAUUUUUAUGUUUACAUGUUGUAUCGCCUCCAUUUCAUUCUUUUUUUUCCCCUAUUGUUUGUCUUUCUAAGCUUUCAACCUUGACUACAAGGACUGAUUUCAAAGUAUUUUCUUUAAUCAAUGCUUUGGUGACAAUGAGUUACAAAAAUUAGAUGUUUUUAUAUUUAAAAAUUAUACAUUUAUCUUUCGAUAGAGGUUAGAUUGUGUGUUUUGUUUUGUUUUUUCUAUCGAUUCCAAAGAAUCUAGGGAAACUAUAAAUCACAGUCAGAGGUGUAGAUAUUUGUGGUGAGGUAAACACUCCUUUGAAAAUCAGUAGCAAUAAUAGAAGGAAGGAUAUUUAUUACUAUAGUGCUUUACACUCCUUGUGUCUUAGAUUGAACUUGAAUGUGCCAAUGCCUUAUUAAAAAGUUUGUACAUUAUCGUUGUAUUGCUAUGCACACAUUAGCUGAUUCUGUCGGUCUUCCAGGUGAAAUUACUUGCAUGAUAAAUAUUAAACGUUUGUUAAUUUUAUCCUAUUUAUGACUCUUUCUAGACAUAAUUUUAUCUAAACAUUCCCCUGAAAAGUGUCGUAUUUAUUAGAAAAGGACAGAGAGAAGCUGAAAUCUCUCUUAAAAUAAAUAUCUCCCCAAAAUGUCCUUCAAGAUUUUUAAAAUACACAAAUUCAACACAUUUCCUUAGCAUUAUGAGGAAACAUCAAACUACAAAGAGAGGCUAAAGUUUCAGAAUAAUGCCUUUUAACUACAAAGUGCUCUUUAGGCUGCAAUAGAUAAAUUACCAAUAUAUUAUUCACUGCCAAAACCAUAAAAAAUACUAAAUGGUUUCAAAAAUUGUCUUGAAAUAUGAGACUGAGUUUAUAUAAGCAGUAAUAAGACACACGGGAUUGUUGGAGAUCUUGGCACACAGUAAUGAAACACUGCAGAGGUGUUGCUCUCUAUCCUCAGAUUUUUUUUAUAUUAGUCAUAUUUGUACCACUUCAGUAGCAUUUUACAUUCAGGGCGGGUUUUUUUUUUUGUUUGUUUGUUUUGUUUUUUUUAUCAGUAUGUGAAAUUUUUAAUGCUGAGAAUAAGGAGACUGAUUUUGUCUGAAAUGCAUGAAAUUGUCCAAACACUGGAUUAACCUCUGUGAACUGAACUGUAGUAUGUUGGGCUUUUGUGCAGAAACGUACAAUGUUUUACUUGAGAGUCGAGUAACCGAAGUACACACGUGUUGUAUAUUUCUGCAGUUUGUAAAAGUUGUUGCUGAAUAACCAUGUGCCAUUACUGAUAUCUCUGACGCAGCACAGUCUCCGUUUUUUCUAUGCAAUGUUUGAAGUUGUGCCUGUGACGCAUCAUGUCUUGAAGUUGUCAUUUAUGAAGUAGCCUUUGACAGUAAUAAUUCAAUUUCCAUUUCAGUUAAGUGCCUUCUGUUACCUUGGUAAUAUAUGAGGAAUCAUGCAAUAUUUUGAGACUGAUUAUGCUGGUAUUUGGUGCUUUAUAGACUAAAGAAAUAAGGUUUAAAAUCCCUUCCAAAAGUGACAGGAAAUGACUUUUGGUCAGUGUGAGAAAACAAACUGCAUCUCUUAAACUCAAGAACCACAAGAAAUAAUUUGCUAAACACUUCAAAGUGUUCAGUAUUUAAUGAAACCUAAAACAUCUUAGUAAAUUAGUAAGUCCAUCUUAUAUAUCUACCUUUUGCAAGUAGAAAUCACAAAGUACUUCACAAAGAGUGUGAGUAGUGAAACAUGUUUAAAUUCAAACAUGAUUAAAAAGACAAAGAUGUAAUUAAAUGAGCAUAUAUGACAGACUGUAAUGUAUUUUUACAGUAAGUACUUUGCUUAGCUCUUAGAUGCAGAUUUUUUUUUUCUUUUUAAUUUAGGGUCACUAACUGUCAAGCUUUACUUUUACCUCUGAAAAAAUAGCUGGCUUGUACCUGUGAGCUAGACCAAUGGCGCCAAAGGAAGUAUGACUUGCAAAGAUUAACGUUUACAACAACUAGCCUCCAAAACAAGAUGAAAAUGUUAAAGGAUAAAGUGGGAAAAGAUGGCUGAAAAGCUACAUUUAAAAUGGAGCUCCAAAAGUUAUAAAUUUAACGACCAAUCAAAGCAUGCAGACAUAUGUAGAAGCCAAAUUUUCAGCAGUUUUCUUGGCUAAAUAAAGACAGGAAGUGGCCAACCUGAAAUAGCCUUAAAAAAUAUGUCCGCUAACAAAAGCUUUUGGAGGGACACAAGAAACAGAGGAAUUCAUUUGCAGAUUAGAAACGGAAACCACCAGUGUCUCCAGCUAAUGCACAAGACGGAUUUAUUUAAAUAAAAAGGUUCAUUGUGGGAAUUUUGUGUGAAAGUGACGAAUAGUUUAUGGGAUGCAAUCAUGGCCACUUUACUUUGACGGCCACUUUACCACUUUGCUACCACUAACAGGUGAACAUUUCUGGAUUUCGGAAAGAACUCUUUGAAAAGUCCUUGAGCCCAAAGACCUGUAGGUUGGAAAAUGUGAACCUUCUUAGUUUGAGUCUGUCCACCAAUUUGAAUUGUGACCCAAAUACCUUUCAAAUUAAAGACCAUUUACACUAACCUGAUUUAUAGUGUCCUUUUUACUCCCAAUUAUCAAAUGCUAGCAUUUAGUUAAAGAUAGUGUAGACUGGUUUUAGCAUUUGCUUGAAAAAAAAAAAUAAAAAACGGCAACAUAAUUGAACCACUGUUUGUUGUUGUCUUUAAAUACAGCGUACAUAUGUAUUUAUUACUCAACACUUUUAAGCUUCAGAUAUUGCUGUUGUGCUGUGUGUUCUUAGAAUAACACUGAACAUUUAAAAUCUUUCUGACUGUAGCUUGAAUGUAGUUGAGCAAUUGUGCCAACAACGAAAGAUGCAGUAUAUUUGUACAAACUAUAGGUUUUGAGCUGCUGAUGGUGUCUUUCAUAACCUUUCACCAGAAACAGGAGCUGUAAUGCUAGUCUGUAAAAUAUAGUUUUGGUAAAAAUUGUUUAAGCAGUAUGAAAGACAUGGUUCCAAGAAUAACAUUUUUUUAAAUAUAUAUAUAUAUAUUUUGUCGCAUUUUGUCAUGCGUCACACAGUGUUACAAUCUACUGAGUACACUCUGUACCAACUCAUUGAAAGCCAGUAAAAAAGCUUGUAUGUGACCAUUGAGUCACUGCAGAUGGACCCUUAUGAUUGUAAGAUUUAGGGUAAUAAGAAUAACACGCAACCUUUCAAUCAAGAGCAAGUAGCUCCUGGUUUAAAGGUUGGGUGUUGCACUUCGAUAUUUUAUGGUGUGUUUUAAAUCCACUAAUGAAGAACCAUUUUAUCUCGGUACUUGAGUGUCUGAACAAGUUUAUUCCUGUGGUUCAUAAAGUGUUCUACUACUGUUUUCAUUGUCACAGUUAUUAAGAGAUAAGUGUUGCAAUACUUACUGCGCCCACUGAUUUGUUAACUCACGCUCAUUGGUACUCGAUGUUAAACUACUCUGUUAGAAAUAUUAAAAGAUUUAUUUG